UAUGAUUAGAAGGUUACAAGAUUACAAAAUAAAACAUUAAAAGUUAUUGUAAACGAUGUGUCAUGAGUAAAACAAUGCAUUUUGGUGUAUUGAAUAAUACUUAUAGUUAAAGUGUAAUGUAACAAUAGUAACAAUUGAUAUAUUAGAGAUUGUUAAAUAUGGUGUCUGGCCCUAUAGAUGUUUCCGUUCUAAUAAUAGAUAAUGACACUUGUUUAAUUAACAAAAAAUCUAAUAAAAUUAUUAGUAAUGUGUAUGAAGGAAUUCCAGAGACUUUAGUACUGAAUGUUGUGUCAUGGCUGCUACUUAUUCUGCUAUUUGCCAUUUUGAGGAAUAGAGCUUGGGAUUAUGGAAGACUGGCAUUGGUACAUACUGAAAAAUGGACUCAAUUAUUUUACAAGAAUACAGAUGAUGCAGUUGCUGUAGAAGAAUCAAAUCAUGAGGUGUCGUUGAUACCUGAUACUGGCUGUUUAUGGUUUCCUUCCAUAUUUAAAAUCAAUCGAGACCAGAUUUUAUCAAGAUGUGGACCAGAUGCUUCCCAUUAUUUAUCUUUUCAAAGGCAGUUACUUAUUCUAAUGUUAGUAAUCACUGUAUUUUCAAUUGGAGUGGUGCUUCCCGUUAAUUUUCAAGGAACUUUACAAGGAGAUAAGACUACAUUUGGACACACUACUAUUAGUAAUUUACCAUCUGACUCCAAAUGGUUAUGGGUUCACAUUACUGGAUCGAUAGCUGUGGUGCCACUAAUGAUUUUCAUUAUGAGAAAAUGUUCAGGACAACAACCAAGUGCAUCGAAAUUGUCAUCAAGGACAUUAAUGGUAACAAAUAUUUCAAAACAACAUAGAUUCUGCGAAGAUAUCAAAAAUUAUUUUAGUGUUAGAUACCCUGGAAUAGAAGAUGUAAAAAUAGCUUACAAAGUUAAGAAACUGACAAUCUUAGAGAGGCAAAGAGAAAAAAUUCAUGAAGCAAGAAUGUACUGUUUAAGUAAUGCACCUAAAAACGAGAUUAAGAUUCAACCUAAAGGGUGUAUAGCUUGUUGCCCUUGUAAAACUGUCAAUGCCCUUGAUUAUUAUUCAAUACAAGAAGAGAAACUUAAUAACCUUGUAACUUUAGAAAGGAGAAAGGCACUCCAAAGUCCUUUGGGGGUGGCUUUUGUAACAUUAAACAGUGAGGAAACAGCACAGUAUAUACUACGAUCCUUUGAAGCUGGGUCCCACAGGAAUUGGGUGAUUUUUAAAGCUCCAUCACCAUCUGAUAUCAACUGGGAAAACUUGGAAAUAUCCUAUAGAAACUGGUAUUCAAAAGCAAUUAUUAUAAAUGCAGUAUUAUUUGUUAUUCUUUUUUUCUUAACUACACCAGUCAUUGUAGUUAAUAUCUUUAACAAUCUCACAAAGGAUAAUUUUAUAACAAAGAUAAGUCCUCUGUUAUCUGAGUUUUUACCAACAUUGUUGCUUUUAUCUAUGUCUGCUGUAAUGCCUGUUUUGGUGGCUUAUUCUGAUGAAUGGAUGUCGCAUUGGACAAAAUCCAAACAAAACCAUGCUACUAUGUACAAAGCUUUUUUCUUUUUGCUUUUUAUGGUUUUGAUUUUACCUUCCCUCGGACUAACUAGUGCACAAGCAUUUUUGGAAUGGUCAGUUCAGACACAAAAUAUUACUUUAAGAUGGGAGUGUAUCUUUUUAGCUGAUAAAGGUGCAUUUUUUGUUAAUUAUGUUAUUACUUCAGCACUUAUAGGUACAGCUCUUGAAUUGUUAAGAUUUCCAGAGUUGGCCAUGUAUGCUUGGAGGUUACUACUUAUAAAAUCUGAAGCUGAAAAAACCACAAUUAGAAAAGAAAUUUUGUCAGUAUUUCCGUUUGGAAUCCACUAUGCUUGGACACUGCUUAUAUUUACUAUUUGUACAGUUUACAGCUUAACGUGUCCUUUAAUCACACCUUUUGGUUUGCUUUAUCUUGGCUUUAAACAUCUGGUUGAUAAAUAUAAUAUAUAUUAUGUGUAUCGUCCUAUAACUAUGUCGGGAGAAGGCCAGCGAAUUCAUUCUGAUGCUGUAAAAAUGGUGCGCAUAGCUAUACUACUGUUACAACUGAUCACUGCUUUGUUUUUCUUUCUACGUGCAUAUUUAAACACUAUGACCUGCAUUGCAUUUUUGGGAUUUGCUCUUACAGCAAUAUUUUUCUUCUUCAUUGGCCCUUUUCCAACUUGCAAGCCAAGUUCCUUCCAUGCCUUCAACUUGCCUGUCAGAAAUGAAGAAUACGUAGCUCCUGUUCUUAUCAGUUCAAGUUCUAUUGAGCCUAUUAAUGAAGAUCGAUCAUUGCCCAGUUUUUAUGGCUCACCAAACCUAAGCCAUACUGCUUUGAGAUUGUCUGAGACUGGAUCCAGUGAAGCUUAAAUUCAUUAUCCAAAUUUUAGUAUUGAGGCUGUGAAUAAUUUAGGAUUGGUAAAACAUGAUGCAAACUUUCAAAAUGCUCUCUUGAAAAAUUUGGUUAAACGCACAUAUCAACCUUUGCCAAAACACUACAGAAAUGAUCUGUUUUAACCUCUUUGUCCUUUGAGCAGUGUGUGUUAAUUGUAUUAUUUUUAUAUUUUAAAAAUGUCUACGAAAAAUUGUAAAUAUCUACGACAUUCCAGAAUGUGCUGGAUAAUGCUCCGAGACCAAAAGUACUUGGGCAAUAUUUAAUAAAUAACUUUGCUGGAUAUCUGCCUUUUACUUGUAAAAUUAAAUAUGUGGUUAAAAUAUUUUUUACUUAGGUAUAUAAGUACCGUUAAAGCAGGACAUAUCGUAGGUAUAUGCUAGAAUUAAUUUUAGCCACUUUUUAUUUGUAAAAUUCAUAUAUUAUGUAUUCGAGCACUCGACCGUAUCUUAUUGUACAUAUUUAAUUACCAGCAAAAAUCAGCCGCCGCACUAUAGCUUAAAACUAAACUACCAAAACCUAGAAAUCUAGCCGUUCCACUAUAUUUCUUACUUACACUAUACUUAUUUCGCCAAUAAGCGUGAAAUAAAUCGUUUAGUACGUUAGGAGUGACUCGCUCGUUUAUACCUGCCUUAUUUUCACUAAUUAAGGUGUGUAUGAUGAGGAAUUUAGCUAAUAUUAUUUUAUUAAAUAUUAACAAUAUAUUGUCUUAUUAUGUGCUUCUAAAGGUGCUUCUUUUUUAUGUUUGUAGAAAAUUGUAUAUUUUUGUAACUAGGUAACUUAAGAUGUAUUUUCCUAUUAGGCAAUAAGUUACAAUAAUGUGUUGGUAGUUUUCUAAUUAGUUAUCUAAAAAUGAACUGCUAGUACAGUUAAAAAAUGAUAUAAAUUAAAAAAAAAUAAAAUUGCAAGUGUUAAUA